UGAGGGCUGUGGGGACGGGUGCUGUCCCUGAUCCACAGGCCUUGGAUGUGCCCGGUCAUUGGGAAUGAUAGGCACUGACAUCCCUAUGGCCUGUGCAUCUGAAGAGCCCAGGCCACUUUUCUCUCUGCACUUCCUGCCCCUCGCUCAGCUGGAGCAUCACAUGGAAGACAGGAACCAGGAAGCAGAGGACAGAGAAGCAGAACUAAGAGAGUGAGCAUCCGACUCUCGAUGAGGAGGCUGCAGCUUCUCCUCUCUUGGGCUUCAUGCGGAUGCAGGUGACGUCUGUGCUGAAGAAAUGAUCCCAAGAGUCAUGGACACGUGGCUGCCUACAGCUUUGUUGCUCCUACAGGCCCCAGGCUGUGUUCCUCUGAGUGGCCCUGGGACUGUGACAGGCAUCGUGGGGAGAUCCCUGAGCGUGCAGUGUCAGUACGAAGAGAAGUACAAGACAUACAACAAGUACUGGUGCAGAAAAUCAUUGUUACUGUGUUCAACGAUUGUGAAGACCAAGAGCUCAGGAGAAGUGAGGAAAGACCGAGUGUCCAUCAGGGACCAUCCAGCCAACCUGACCUUCACGGUGACCUUGGAGCACCUUACCCUGAAUGAUGCAGACACCUACGAGUGUGGGCUAGAUACACCAUGGACUGAAGGAUUUGAUAAGUCCGUCGAGGUUAUGGUGUUUAUAGUCCCAGAGCCAAAUGCAGACUCCAGCCCUGGAAACAACACAAGCACUCAGGAGCCUUCCACGUCCCCAUCAGUGAACACCCAGCCUAGUGAUACCACAGAGGACACUUCAGAACCCAGCCCACAGCCUCGGUCCCUGCUGAGCAGCAUCUACUUCAGGCUCCUGGUCUUCUUGGAGUUUCCCCUGCUCCUGAGCAUGCUCAGUGCCAUCCUGUGGGUGGACAGACCUCAGAGAUACCCUCGGGGGAGGCAGAAUCAGGCAGAUUAUGAGAACCAGUAAUAUCUGUCCUGGGACACAGCCUUUCUGAUGGAUGAGGAUGGCCAGAAAAUUUGUGUUUCUUUUAGAAUACUCUGAACGUUCUAGAAAUACCUGAGAAACUUCUUUGUACUGUAUCAAACACAUAAAAGAAUGUACCUAAUAAAAAGGCACUUUAAAAAUAGACUAUCCUGGGGCUAGAGAGAUGGCUCAGCGGUUAAGAGCACUGACUGCUCUUGCAGAGGACC